UUUCAGCAAACUAGGAAGUGGCGGCUCUAGGAAGUGGCGGCUCUUGGCGGCUCUUGUGUUUCGUACAGAUAAAGUCCGGGACUGCGGUGAACACGGUAAGGUGUCAGCCAUGUGUCCUCCAGGCGUCCUUGUCCCUGCCUGUCUACUGUGACGAGGAAGAUGACUAACUUCAUCUUGAUGAGUUUGAGGCCGCUUGGAAUGCUGAACUUAUUUCACCAAAUUCUAACCUGAAACUCACUUUUUUUUUUCCACAUCAUGGCUCCUGUUCCUCCAGGGAUCCGUCUGCUGGUGUCCUUCAACAGGGAACAGUGGUACCGAGCUCUGACCUUCAUGCUGACCUUCCUGCUCUAUACUAGCUUUCACCUUUCCAGGAAACCCAUCAGUAUCGUAAAGAGUGAGCUUCAUAAGAACUGUUCAGCAGCCAGUGAGCUGGCUGCUGCCACCGGCACUGUGGCCAGCAAUGGAGGAAGCCAGGAAGCCUCUCUCCCUUCACUCCACACUGAGAUGGGGUGCAGCUGGAAACCAUUUGAUAAAAGCAACUACAAGCAGCUGCUAGGAGCCAUGGACUACUCAUUUCUCUGUGCCUAUGCCAUUGGGAUGUACCUCAGCGGCAUCAUUGGGGAGCGCUUACCUAUCCGGCUGUAUCUCACAGUGGGAAUGCUGAGCAGUGGGCUUUUCACCUGCCUGUUUGGACUUGGUUACAUUUACAACAUUCACAGUCUCGGCUUCUAUAUAUUUGUUCAGGUGGCCAAUGGUUUGGUCCAAACUACUGGUUGGCCCAGUGUCGUGACCUGCAUUGGCAACUGGUUUGGAAAAGGAAGCAGGCGUGGACUCAUCAUGGGACUUUGGAACUCCCAUACCUCAGUGGGGAACAUCCUGGGUUCUCUGAUUGCUGGGUACUGGGUCUCCUCUAACUGGGGCCUUUCCUUCAUUGUACCUGGCCUCAUCAUUGCAGCCAUGGGAGUCAUUUGUUUCCUUUUCCUUAUUGAACAUCCGAAUGACUUGAAAGGCAUAUACACUCAGAACCCGUCUCCUGGCAACAGAGUUUCAGCCAAAAGUUGGAAUGGAGAAAAUGGACAUCCAAAAGUAUAUUUGCAAUACAAGGAUAACAAAAAGCAGGCCUACAGCUUUUUUAAGGAAUGUCUUCAAAAUAGGAAGAACUACGACACGGAGCUGCUGCUGCCCCGGGACGCUGUGUGUGUCCCUGCCCAGCCGGUCGUGGUGGUGAAGAGCGAGUCAGAGCCUUCUGCUAUCAGCUUCAUGGGAGCGCUGCGAAUACCUGGAGUGGUGGAGUUUUCUCUCUGCCUGCUCUUUGCCAAGCUGGUCAGUUAUACCUUCCUUUUCUGGCUGCCCCUCUACAUCACCAAAGCAGCUCACUUGGAUGCAAAGAAAGCUGGAGAUCUCUCCACCUUGUUUGAUGUUGGAGGAAUUGUGGGUGGGAUCUUGGCAGGAGUGAUCUCUGAUAAAUUGGGGAAGAGAGCCAGCACAUGUGCAGUUAUGCUACUUCUAGCUGCUCCUACACUCUAUGGCUUCUCGAUGAUCAGCCAGCUGGGAUUGGGACCAACCGUUGGAAUGCUGCUCGUAUGUGGAGGUCUGGUGAACGGACCAUAUGCUCUCAUAACAACUGCUGUGUCAGCAGAUCUGGGAACACACAAAAGCCUGAAAGGCAAUGCCAGGGCUUUGUCCACAGUCACAGCCAUCAUCGAUGGAACAGGAUCUGUAGGUGCAGCUCUGGGCCCCCUGCUGGCAGGUGUGUUGUCUGCAGGUGGCUGGAACCAGGUCUUCUACAUGCUAAUGACUGCUGACUUCCUUGCUUUGCUGCUUUUAUUGCGGCUGGUGACCAAGGAGCUGUGCUCAUCCAAGUCCCCCCCUGUCUCUGCGAUAGAGUUGAAGGAACACUGAGCACCAUGAUUGCACUGUUACCACACACUGACCACUCGUCUCAGCCUGGAAAGGAGGACAGCUCAGCCAAUCCCUGGAAAACAUGUCGGGCUCAAAUGCACAAAAUUUACUCUGGAGAAGAGCUGGUAACUGAAAAUGAAUCAAGCUCAAAACAGCAGCAUACUUCAAGCUUCAUGUACAUUCAUCUUAUUUGUGUCUUUCCUCAUAUAUCUCUUGAAAACGCAACUGAAUCCUGUUUAACAAUCUUUUUAUUUUUAACAAGUGUGGCCCACAGAGAAAUCUGAUUUGGUUUUACUGAGAUAAGUUUAAUAGAUCCUUGUUUAAGGAAGGACAGAAUCCUUCUAAUUAUAACAAUCAUCAAAUCUACAACUCUAAAUUAGCUGUCAUGUUUACAUUCGGAUAGUAGUUUUUGUUGCUCCAGUUUGGGAAGAAUAGUAGACUCUAGCAGGAGUCUAAAAAACAGGGCUUCUUCUUUGGAGCCUAUCUUCAUUUUGAACCAUAUACUACAGAUGCUGUUUACAGAUAUCAAUACUAGUAUUCAUGGUCUAUGUUUGUAGCGUCAUAUUAAUUAUAUGAAGUCUUACAAAGCUCAGGCAUCAAAUCAAAAAUUCAGAUUACAGGGUUUUAUCUUUGUUUUUUAUUCUCUUGACAUUUGUAGUGAAAAUCCCAGCGUUAGCUUUCAGAGCAACAUCCUGCCAGCAGCACCAGAUGCAGCUUUGUAGCGCUCACUGCCAUGUGGGUUUUUCAUUCAUUUAUUGGAUUGUAUUCUUGUUGCAGUGUCAUUUUAAUUUGAUGUGAUUCAUCUAUCAGUCAUAGAUCAGAAUGGCACAGACAACAUCUCUCUAUAUAAGUCCUGAAAUCAUCUUUCUGGUGGAUGGAGGUGAGCUUUAGUUGUUUGUACCAGUUUGCUGUCUGUGUGCCGUCCCAAAUUAAGCAUUGUUUUUAAGCAGUAGACCACUGAAAUGAAGCUGCUAUUGCCUUACUGAACCAAAGAGAUUAUGAAAUCACUUUUAUUUGUUGAAUUGAACACACUUUAAUCUGUAUGUUUAUUUCUGAUUAAUAUGUUGUAUUCUUUGUCUUGUAAUAGGGCACCAAAGUUUUAUUUUUCUUAGCUGCUAAGAGGAAUGUGGUCUGUUUGUACUUGGGGCCUGGGGUUGAACGGGUCUAAUAAAUUAUCAAUGCACUUAUGUGAUUAGAAGGUUUUCAGGCUGAAAUUGUUUAUUUUGAAAUUCAGUUUGCAAGGUUUUUAUUUCGAACAUGCUCAUUUUGAGUUAAGUUGAAACAUUGAAUAAUUACUUCUAAUUUAUCAUUUGCUAAGGUGAUUAGUCCUUUCAUUAAAAAUUGUGAAUCUUGCAAGAUGCUUAGCUAUUUUUCUGUUUUAUUUAAUUAUUUAUGUUAUGUUAAUCUGACUACUUAGAAUAUAUAUAUAUA